GCUCUGGUCGUCGCCUUGCCUUCUCGCCAAGAGGCGUACCUUGGGCCAGAGACUCACGGAUGCCGUUUGGAUGCUGAGCUAUGCAACGUGGAGCAUGGAUGAAGCUCAUCAUUGCCACAAAGGAGAUGGCGAUCGCGCCAAGAGUCUUGGACGUCAUGGCUGUCUUGUGUGCGUCAGUGCCAAAUACCGUCAGCUGUGAAUGGUGCAGCAGGAGGUCUGCAGCAAGCAGCAUCUAUGUGCUGGAUACGCUCAGCGCACACAGCCCAUCGAAGACCUUUCUUUCUUUCUCCCCACAGCCUGCUUUUCCAUCGCCUUUGCUGCUCUCCAUGCAGCCACGGCCAAGACCGACUGCAAUCGCUUGGGGCUGAGGCCCAUGCAGACAGGCACCGUAGUAGAGACAGCCCCUCGCAUCUGUCUGCGCAGGAUCAACGGCCCGCCAGCUCCGCUCGCUCGGUCCGUGUAGCCAUUAAGAAUUGCAAUUCGCAACUUUUGUAUGGAGUGAACUGGGAUUUGGACGCCUUGUUCAAGCGCAGCGUCCCACAGCGAAUGCAAGACCUUCGCAGCACACCAACACCACGACGAGCGCCCGGCUUUGUCUGUCCGCGCAAAUCCAAAGCUCUGUCGCAUACAACUCGGUGCGACAAUCACAAGAAUGCGUCACAUCGCCUUCGAAAUUGACUGCGUGGCUGCUUGCUUGCUUGCCACGACUCCAAUCUCAUCGUCGAUGUAGCGCCCAGGUAAUCUUUGCCGUUCUAGAAGCAUCGCAGCUAUGUGA